UUGAUCAGGUUUCUUUCCUUCCUGCCCCAUCAUAACCACUCUUCUGGGCCUGGACCUGGACCUGGGCCCUUUUCUGCUUCCGGGCCUUCCUCUUCUUCUAUCCCGGCAAAUGCUUCUUACACCCAAUUUUUUUUCUCUCCUGCACCUAUGCUAGAUGUUCCGUUGGAGGCAUGGAAGAAAAAGAGUGUGAUAAUGAACAGCGUGAUGAGUGAUGACACCCUCACCACCAUGACCACCGUUUCUCAGCACUGUUUCGGCGAAGACACCGAAGGCCCAACCUUCUCCAUCUCCAUCAUCGAGAACAUGAAGGAAGACUAUGGCCUCUUCGUGUGGCCCUGCAGCGUCGUUCUCGCUGAGUACGUUUGGCAACACAGGCAUCGAUUUUCCGGAGCCACCGUUGUUGAGCUAGGUGCCGGAACUUCCUUGCCUGGCUUGGUUGCAUCAAAACUCGGUGCCCGUGUCACUCUUACAGAUGACUCCACCAGAUUAGAGGCUUAUGAUUUAAUUAAUGGUCGGAUUCUGAAAGUUAACGGAUCUAUCGGGCGACUGCUUCUUGUUUUGGAUGUGCAGGUGCUUGACAAUAUGAGAAGAGUUUGUGACUUGAACAAACUUGAGUGCAAUGUGUUGGGAUUGAAAUGGGGAGUUUGGGAUUCGUCCAUAUUCACUUUACAGCCGACAAUUAUUCUGGGGGCUGAUGUGUUGUAUGAUUCAAAUGCCUUUGAUGACCUCUUUGCCACUGUGACAUUCCUGCUCCGAAAUUCUCCUGGGUCAAUCUUUAUAACUUCAUACCAUAAUCGAAGUGGGCAUCACCUUGUGGAGUUUUUGAUGGGAAAAUGGGGAUUAAAGUGUCUCAAGCUUCUUGACGGGUUUUCCUUCCUGCCAUCCUACAAAGCAUCACUACUUAGUGGUAACAUUCAAUUGGCAGAGAUAGCUCUUAUCUCUGAAGAGAAUGUUUGACGUAGCUCAAAAUUUUAUGACAAAAUUUAGCAUUUCUUUUUGUCAUACGGCUGCUGAUAUCUAUGUUAUUGUUGCUUUUAGAAAAUUCCAUUUCAUAUCUAGUUGAUCAAACAAUUGUAUAGGAUAUGAUCAUGCUAGAAGAAUGCCUCCUACAAUGAAUUUCAUACUUUUCUGCUAUACACUAGAUGAAGAAAAAACACUGUUUGUUUUUUAUUUUGUGGUUUCUUAAUGUUGAGGCAUGGCAUCAAGCAUCAAUCUUUGUGGAUGAGUGACUGGGAUGACACUCGUGGAGGAAUUCUCUGGUGUUAUUUAUUUUAAUAAACUUUUUAGUUACAUUUGGGCUUGAUUUAGCUUACUUUUAAGAAUCACUAUGUUUGUUAUACAUAUAUAAAAGAUGUUUAAAUGUUAAUA